UUUGCGCGCACACUGAAAACUGCCUAGAGAUAUUGUACCUCUGCCUACUAUCAAAUCACUUUGGGCAUUAUACAACUAUGGUUGGAUCUGGACAGGUGAAUGACUGAAGAUGGAAAAUGUACUAUAAAGGUUUUCCUGAAAAAAUAUACAGAUCCCUAUAAAACUCUGAGUGAAGAUGGCAUUCUUUAAAAACAACUUCUGGGGGGAGAAGAAUGCAGGCUUUGACGUGUUGUACCACAACAUGAAGCAUGGCCAGAUUGCUACCAAGGAGCUGGCAGAGUUUGUCCGUGAGAGGGCUGCCAUCGAGGAGACCUACUCCAAGUCCAUGAGCAAACUGGCCAAAAUGGCAAGCAAUGGAAGCCCACUAGGGACGUUUGCUCCUAUGUGGGACUUGUUCCGGGUGUCAUCAGACAAGCUGGCCCUCUGCCAUCUGGAGCUGAUGCGUAAGAUGAAUGACCUCAUCCGGGACAUCAACAAGUAUGGUGACGAGCAGGUCAAAGUCCACCGCAAGACCAAGGAGGAGCAGGUGGGGACCCUGGAUGCUGUUCAGGCCGUCCAGGUGCAGAGUGGUCACCUCCAGAAGUUCAGGGAGGGAUACCACGCUAAGUGUAUUGAGCUGGACCGACUGAGGAAAGAGGGAGCUCCCCAGAAAGAACUGGAGAAGGCGGAGAUGAAGUCUAAGAAAUCUGCAGAGUCGUUUGCUGUGUGUAUAGAGAAGUAUAACCGCGUGGGAGGAGACUUCGAACAGAAGAUGAGCGAAUCAGCCCAGAAGUUCCAGGACAUCGAGGAGGCCCACCUGAGGCAGAUGAAACAGCUAAUCAAAGGAUACUCCCACUCCAUAGAGGACACCCACGUCCAGGUGGGACAGGUCCAUGAGGAGUUCAAACAGAACGUGGAGAACAUCGGCAUAGAUAACCUCAUCCAGAGGUUUGCAGAGCAGAAGGGCACAGGCAAAGACAAACCAGCCCUGGUGGGGUUUGAAGAGUACAUGACAGCUUUAGUACCGGAGGGGAGUAAGAAGAGUCGAGGAAAAGCCUUCAGGAUUCCUGGACUGGGCAAGAGGGACAAAGAGCCAGACUCAACGGAUUCAGCUGUGACUGAGACACCAAACUCUCCCCUAGAGGUGGAUGAGGAGGGGUUUGUAAUCCGAGCAGACGUCAAUCAGAAUGGCUGCUCGAUGGAGGACAACUUCUACUCCAGCGACUCCGACUUUGACGACGAGGAGCCCAAGAAGUUCCACAUCCAGAUCCGUCCGGUGGGCAGCAGCAGCAACUCUGCUGCUACAGAGAUGGAGCUGAAGGCCACCGUGGGGGCUCUCACACUGCCCCCCAACAGAGGGGUGUCAAUCAAACGUCAUCUCUCCAGAAACAGCAGUACUACAGGACGUUCAGAGGGGGAGGGAGAGGGCGCCACCCACAGGGAGGGAGAGCAGGAUGGCCUAUGCAGAUCCACCUCCAGUCCAGAUCCCAGUAGGUUGAGUUCUACUGCGUCAGGCUCGGACAGUCUCUUUGGACCUCCUCUGGAGUCUGCCUUCAAAUCAAAAAGCUUUGCUGGUAGAGAUCAGCUACAGAGAGCAGAGAGUGUCUUUGGUGCUUCUGAAUAUGCUGCCUUCUCCUCUGACUCCUCCUCUCCUGAGAACGUAGAGGACUCGGGGCUGGACUCACCUUCCCAUCAGCCCCUAGGCCCCUCCCCUGAGCCGGCUGGUUGGGCAGCGUGGCCAUCGGCAAGUCAGAAUAAAGAACCAGCAGGACUGGGCAGGCCAGAAGACCCCUUCCUCACGGUCUUUAGAGACCCCUCCCCGGAACGUAGCCCCCACCCCCAGGACAACCCUGCCAGUAUCUGGGCAGCUGCUCCACGAUCCUCCCGCCCCCCUCCAGACAUGGACCCCUCAGCCCUCUGCUUCCCGGCCUUCUCCCAGUCCUUAGCCCCUCCAGAGCUGGACCCCUCAGCCCUCUGCUUCCCGGCCUUCUCCCAGUCCUUAGCCCCUCCAGAGCUGGACCCCUCAGCCCUCUGCUUCCCGGCCUUCUCCCAGUCCUUAGCCCCUCCAGAGCUGGACCCGGCCCUGUGGAGCUGUAAACACAUCCCUCCUGAAGACCCCUUCCUGGCUGCCUUCGAGAGGACCGUCACCCAGGAGACCCUGCCCCCCCCUGAUGCCUGGGCCCCUCCACGCCCGCGCCCCUCCAGAGACGGAAGGGGGAUAGCAGUACAGGGCGACCCGUUCUCCAGCUCCCUCAGUGACAGUAAAACCCUUCCCACCCCCUCCUGCUCUCGCAAGGACAGGGACCGGAAACGAGACCGUAGUGCCCCGCCCCCAGAAUCACCUGACGACCCAUUCGCCAUCACUAUGAUUGGCAGCCCCACCCACCAGUCAGCCUUAGCUGCCGCGACAGGAAUCCUGACCCACAUCGUCAGCAGUAGUAGGCUGACCCCCAACUCAAACUCCCUCCCCUUAUCCCAUCCUAAGAAGGAGCUGGUGCACUGGAACUCUGUCCACAACCCCUUCAGUGAGGGGACCUCGGCUGGGUCUCUGGCCCUGGGUGGAGUGGUCCGGGAGGGAGGGAGGAAGCACCGUGAGUCACGCAGCGAAAGCGAGCCACGCAGGAGCGGCCUGCCUCUCACACGGCAUUCUGGGCCACAGGAGGACCUGUGCUUUUCUACUGAUAAAGACCAGAACUGCCUGGACCUGAACACAUCACAGCCGCCCUGCAACAUGGGCUCACACAAUGGUUGUAAUAUUGGUAAUGUUCCUCUAGGUUCAAAGCAAAGCUUCAGGCAGGACAGUGCAGAGCUGCUGGUGGCAGCCCCUCCCAGACCAGCCAGAACCAAGAGGUCCUCAGGCAGACUGAGUGGCUGUGAGAGAUCCAGGUCAGUGUGCUCGUCUCCCCAGCCGGAACCCAGCCCAGACCUCACCUCGUCCUCCUCCUCCAGCCCCAGUGAGUGGGGGGCACAGACACGUGCCCCCAGCCCUGCCAGAGGUGGGCAGCCCUCACCCCUCUCACAUCUGAAUCAAGACCAUGCGCCCCUACACAUGCAUCUGUCUCGCGGACCGAGCCCGAUCUCCCUGAGCACCCAAGAGUUAUGGCCUGUGGCAGCAGCCAUCACAGAAUACAUCAAUGCUUACUUCAAAGGUGGACAACACAACCGCUGUCUGGUGAAGAUCACAGGAGAUCUCACCAUGUCUUUUCCUGCUGGAAUCACUCGUAUCUUCACUGCUAACCCAAACGUCCCGGUCCUCAGCUUUCGAUUGGUCAACAUCUCCCGGGUUAACCACUUUCUGCCCAAUCAGAAGCUGCUUUACAGUGACCCCUCUCAGAGUGACCCAGACACCAGGGACUUCUGGUUCAACAUGCAGGCACUGAAACUUUACCUGCAGAGAGAGGCUGAGCUCAACCCCCUGGCCUCCUACUAUAAUGUGGCCCUACUCAAAUACCAGGUGUCGUCCCAGGACCCUGGUCGUGCUCCCCUCCUGCUGUCAGCAGAGUGCCAGCGUAGUGGCACGGUGACCCGUGUAGCACUGGACUACCACUGCUGCCCGGCCACCGCCCCCUCCACCCAGCUCACUGCUGUGCAGGUGCUGCUGCCCCUCGACCACACCGCAACAGACCUGCAAUGCCAGCCCCCAGCCUCCUGGAAUGCUGAGGAACGACAGCUACUGUGGAAACUACCCAACCUCUCCCCUACCAACCACAGCAAAGGCUCUGGUACUCUGUGUGCCAGCUGGCAAUGCCUGGAGGUUCCUCGUGGACCUCCCCCCAGCCUGGCAGUCCAGUUUGUGGGCUCCGGGGCCUCUCUGUCGGGCAUGGAUGUGGAGCUGGUGGGCAGUCACUACCGUAUGUCCCUGGUCAAGAAGAGAUUUGCCACAGGGAAGUACAUGGCAGGCUGCUCCUUGUGAGGAGCAAUAAGAGUUCCUGGAAUACACAUUGCACUUUUAGCCCUCUGGGCCAUACUGACCUCCUUCCCCAGGAGGUAGAGGACAGACUGGGAUGGGUU